CGGGAAGCGGAACUGCCGCGCGCUGGGCUCGGCUGCUGGCCGGGCAGGCUUCGCUGGACACCACGGUCUCUGAGCGGGCGGCAUGGAGGAGCGCAGCGAUUCCGAGCCUACCCCGGGCUGUAGCGGCCUUGGCCCGGGUCCCGUUCGCGCUGGCGGCGCCACCCCCCACACAUGGGCUCCCGAGGACGCCUGGAUGGGCACACACCCUAAGUACUUAGAAAUGAUGGAAUUAGAUAUAGGAGAUGCCACCCAAGUUUAUAUAGCAUUCUUGGUUUACCUGGAUCUCAUGGAGAGUAAAAGUUGGCAUGAAGUAAACUGUGUAGGAAUACCAGAACUACAGCUUAUCUGCCUCCUUGGCACUGAGAUAGAAGGGGAGGGGCUACAGACUGUGGUUCCCACACCCAUUUCUGCUUCCCUCAGCCAUAACAGGGUAAAACUCACGAAACAGGAACAGGAAGUUCAAGCUCAGCUGUGUCGCGAGAGUACCACAGAGAGAGAGCACCUGGUCCAUGCCCCAGUUUUUUCUCUUGGGCUCCAGGAAGCCACGCCUUAACUCAGUUCCACCUCUUAAAGAUGGUUAGUUAACAAAGCUUCCCCCAUCAGCUGAUGGCUCCCAGUUUAUACCUUCUAAUUCCACUUCAGCCUCCACUAUGAACUUCAAGUCAUAUAUGUAUCUCUUUACUUGACGUGUCUACUGUGUUCUACAAGACGUCUCUAAUUAGGAUUAAGAUUGGAUGUCUUAAUGUCGAAUUCACCCUACAUUUGCUCCUUUUGUGAUUUCCCCAGGUUAGGAAUAGCAAUUUUUUUCAUUCUGAAUCUCACACACACGGGGGUGAGGUGGGCUCUGUGUGUGUGUGUAGGAGGAGAGAGAGGAAUGUACGUAUUUCCUCCUAUCCCUCAUAUUUGACAAAUGAUCACCAAUACUCUCUUUCCCUAGAAUGCAUCUGGCAGUUUCUUACCGUCUGUGCCACAGCUUCCUCACUGUGGCCUGAGCCAUCAUUUCUGCACUUUCUGAGUGCACAUACUGUGUGUUUGGUAUUGUUUGAUUACUUAUGUCAGUGUUUCUCCGCUACCAAGUAAGUUCUAUGGAAGCAGAGCUUCACUUGGUUCAUUGCUUUGCCCCCAGUGCCUAGCCUGUGCCUAGCCUGUGCCUAGCCUGUGCCUAGCCUGUGCCUAGCCUGGUGUCGGUGCACAGAACUCAGUGUUAAUUUGUAGAUUGACUAGGUUCCUGAGGCAGAGACUUGAUAGGUAAUAUACUAAAAAAUAUAAGGAUAUUUGUUAACCAUAUGUCCUUCCAAGAGUUUAAGCGAGAGAGAAAGUCUGAGCUCUGCUGUUAAUUUGCAGAGACUCACCAGUUCCCAUCUUUCUUUCCGCUGUAACUGCGGUGUCCUCCCCAGAACAGUCACCAGGCCGAUGAGACAGUUCCACCAAUGCUCACCUCACCUUUCACUGUGUUCUUUUCACCCGUAUGCACCGUGCCCUCAGCCUCUGUCCCCUUGUGUUGUCUUAUGAAAUAAACGAUAAGAAAAACCAAGUUUCUUUAUAUCAUUUCUACUUAAUUGUUGGGUAUUUGAUUUAAUUUUUUUUUUUCUCAAGACAGGUCUUGCUCUGUAGCCUGGUAUUCACUUUGUAGCCCAGGCUGGCCACAUGAUGGUCCUCCUGCCUUAUCUCCUGAGUACUGGGCUUGUAGACAUGCACCCCCUCAUCUGGCUGGGAUUUAAUACUUAAAUGCCACAUUGUCUUUUUGAAUAAUGACUUGGUACUUUAAAAACACUCCUUUCUGAAAGCGUGGCUUUUUUUACAAGUUUAUUCAGCAGCCACUCUUAUUUGAGGCCUAAGUCUAGUACCUGAUAAAAUGACUUGUACUGUUUGGCUCCCUUGGUAAUCAGGACACAUGUCCUCAUGCCACCUCUGUGGGAGCCACUGUUUGCUGAUGAAACCCAGUCCUGACAACUUUUUUCAAUUGACUCAUUUUCUUCCCUUACCCUAAGAAAAGGGUAAGCUCCCACCUCUCUCUGUCUCCCUCUCUCCCUCACCAAAAUGACUUCCCAGUGAGGUGAGAAGCCACACAGGCACUUGAUUCUUCAGCAGCUCUGUUGUGAGUUUAGCUGCCUUGUUUUUUUUGUUUUUAUAAAUUGGGAAGUGUUGGCCUGAUUCCCAAAGCUGUGGCCUGUUCUCCCUGGAGCUUUUCUUGAGGACUGAGCCCAUGGAAGAACACAGCUUUCUUGCUGUUUCUGCUUCCAAGUGACUUCUGAGCUGCCCCAGAUCCACAUUAUGAGGUACCGUUCUGUAUAGCAGGAUGAGGCUAAUGGAGCAAUCGGUGCCUUCUGGGAGCCAGGGCUACAGCACAUCCAUCCCUGCUUAGCCACAGCGAGAGCAGCAGGAGACGCUCCUGUAUAUAAAAGUUAAUAUGAUCUUUAGUUCAUGGUUCAUUUUAGUUCAACAUGUUUUAGUUGAAAAUAUUAUUUUUCUCAGCUUCUUGUUCUCACUGCAAAUUUCUAAAGAUUUCAGGCUCUGUUUUUAGGAUCAUUAGAGAAAAAUAAAAUUUAAGAUUUAUGAAAAUGGUUUAAAUAACUUGAUAUAGGGACAUUACCCAAACAAUUUUGACUUUGUCUUGAUUUAGUCUGGUUGUCAAAUUAGUUAUAUCAAUUUAUUAAAAAUCAACCCCCUUUUUAUCAUAUAGCAGUCAUCUGUGAAGAAUUAUGAAAAGGGGAAGUUGCCAUCAGCAUCAAAUGUUGUUACUGAGAACCAACAGCUAUGAUUAUUAUUGAUAUACCCUAUUCUUUUUUUGCAAUGAAAGAAAGAGUUGGUUCUUUAAUAAAUAAACAAAAAUAGGAAAACCAUUAUCUAAACUAAUAAAAAGGCAAAGAGAGAAUAUCCAAAUGAACAAAAUAAGAAACAAAAGGGGGAUAUAACAACAGAUACCUAGAAAAUCCAAAGAAUGAUUAUACUUUAUAAACCCAUACUCAAUAAAAUUGGAAAAUCUAGAAGAAAUGGAUAAUUUUCUUGAUAGAUACCACUUACCAAAGUUAAAUCAAAAUCAGAUAAGCAAUUUAAAUAGACAUAUCUAACCUCUAAGUAAAUAAUAACAGUCAUUAAAAUCUACCAAUCAAAAUAGGCCAUGGCCAGCAACUUUCUGUGCAAAAUUCUACUGGACUUAGUUGAGAUUUUUUCCCUGAGAUUUCAUUGAGUCGAAAAAAAUAAAUCCUUGUUAGUGUAGAGAGCAUGCCCACAUGGAGAAAUCCUUGUUAGUGUAGAGAGCAUGCCCACAUGGAGAAAUCCUUGUUAGUGUAGAGAGCAUGCUCACAUGGAGAGUUCUCUGUUUCCAAAUGAGGUUUCGCAUUACUGAAGAUUAAGUAAGUUGCCCUUCUGUGUGUCUUAACAGUCACAUGUGAUUUUAAAGUAGAACUCCAGAGUCUCUUUUGUUAUCCAUAGUUUUUUUUUUUAAACUAGACUAAGGUAGCAUGGUUGGUUGGCUUAAAUAUAUUUGUGAGUUUAUACAGUAUACUGUAAAAGAAACAAAGUCUUGACUAGGAAGAUGACGCCCUAAGUAAACACAUGUUCAGAAUAGACUAGACAAGAUUUUGAACAAGGAACUUUGUAAGCUUGCCCACAUGUGGUCGGGUAGCAGCUAGGUAGCAUUUUGUCCGUCUGCUGUGAAGAUGCACUGGUAAUUUUCCCACACAUGCCACCAAGAGGGAUAAACAAGCUCAGAAAUGGGAACUUCCAUUUAAUUUGGGCAGUAAGUUCCCUCAGCUCUGAAAACAAAACCUCCUUUACAGCUCUGAGUUAAUUCUCUAACCUUAGGUGUUUGGGGUAAGCCUGAAAAUACUUUGCUGUUUAGAUCUGAAAACAAAUAUCAAUUGAGAUUCAGUGGUGACUGAAGUGGAAAUUUCUACCCUCAUUUGUAGUGUGAAAUAUAAAUCCCCAUAUGGCUCACCACUUUACCUUAGGAGAAGCGCGCACACACACACACACACAACAUGCACACACUCACACGAACAUAUGCAUACACACACACACACACACACACACACACCAAUCUUCAGUUUAAACAGUGGAUCAUAUCCUCAAGAAAAGAAAUUGUAUAAAGCUGUCUUAACAAGGUUUUUUCUUCUUUGUCUGUGUCCUGUUCUCAUCACACUCUGCAGUUAAGGAUGCUGAGAGAAAUUCAUGUUCAGCUUGUCCAUUGCAGGGUUUUGGAGGCGUGUCCUAGGCUUUAUAUUAGGAAAUAACUGCAUCACAGCUCUUUAAACUGGUACGAGAGGCUUAUAUAAACAUGUGGGGAUUUUGUGUGACCAUGUUGAACCAAGGAUCCAUUUAAGGAGGACUGUCAUCUUACUGUAGUUUCUUCCUUAGGAACACUGCUCUUCCACUCCUGUUGGUCUUAGUUUUUCUCAACAAAAGCAGAAAUCUUAGCACUGUUCUAUAUUAAAGGGAAAACUACCUUUUAUUAACUGCAUUAGCUAAACAGUUCUGAUCCUGCCAUUUAUAAUAAUGAAGACAUUUCCCUUUUUUCUAGUUUCUGUUAAAUUUUAUUUAUUUAUUUAUUUAUUUAUUUAUUUAUUUAUAUUUAU